AGCAGAUGGUAAAAUUAACGAAGGGCUGCGACUCUUCGCACCCAGGUACCAGAAGUACCGUGAUUCUGUUAUGUAAAUACUAAAUAGUUUUUUUUUUAUAGAAAUUGAGACAAUUAUAUGUUACUCCAUGACGUGGCCUAAUUAUAAUAUCUGCUUAUACAACUGUUUGUAAAAUGUUUUACUUUUUUAAUUUAUUGAGUUAACAAUGUGUAGUGUGACUGCGAUACUGGAUGGUCUUGUUUAAUUUUAAUAAGUAGAGUAGUAGUCACAUACAUUACGUAACUUUUUAAAGGACACACAGAUUCAAAGGACAACCCAGUUAAUUACUUUUCGUUAUGACAUAAGACUUAACUACUUUUUUGGCUGUUUUGUAAAUGAAACUUUUACAUUUUAGGGCUAUAGUCUAAGAGUCAUAGUCUAUAAUAUAGGCAAUAACUUGACUUAUAACUUAUAGUAUAGGCUACUUAUUAUUACUUAUAGGCCUACUUAUAAUUAUAACUACUGACUAUACUAUAAUAAUAUAGUCAUAAUAUAAGGCACGGCAAGCAUUUAAAUGUAAUUUACUUUUAGCUUUUUGUCAGUUGUUAGCCUUAUUUUUUUAUUUGUACAUGUUACAUAGGCUUACUAGCACUACUGACUACUACUCAGGCAUUUGCCUCCCCUCCUGAAUUUUCAGGUUUUAUUUAAAUUGCUAUGUACAGUAGUAAACAACUUUUUACAAGCCAACCAAGUUUUUGUUUUAGUCCCCCCCCCCUCCCCCACCCGAAAUGACGCCCCUGCUACUACUCCUAAUCCUACUUUAGCCUAAGUAUUAUAAUGAUAAACCUAAGAUCGUAAAUAGUUUUAUGAAUAAUAAUAAUGUAUAGAGUUUUAUUUAAAUUGCUAUGUACAGUAGUCAACAACUUUUUACAAGCCAACCAAGUUUUUGUUUUAGUCCCCCCCCCUCCCCCACCCGAAAUGACGCCCCUGCUACUACUCCUAAUCCUACUUUAGCCUAAGUAUUAUAAUGAUAAACCUAAGAUCGUAAAUAGUUUUAUGAAUAAUAAUAAUGUAUAGUCCAUAAAUGAUGUCACGCAAAUUUUGCCGAUUUUAACACCCCCCUCCCCCAUCAUCACAAAAAGUCCUUCCCUCAAAUAUGACAUCAAAAAUCUCUGCACUCCCUCCCUUGAAAAAUAUCCUUCCGUCCACUAUUGUCCUUUGCAAACCCUUAAAAAUUGCCCUGCUAUUGAUAUCAAAUUACUGCACCUGUGUAAGAAACAUUUUCUUAGAACCGUGGCACUUAACUAGAGGUGAAAGCACCCCGAGGUGAGGAAGACCCAGAAAAUUGUAUUUACUACAAUUGCUAGUUGUUGUUGCCUUAAAAAAAAUAAGUUUUUAUUCAUUUCAAUUUGCAGCAGUAAAUGAUUUUCUGGUGAAAUUCUUUUUGCGCAUUACUUGUAUUUUUUAUUUUUUUCCCUGUUAAUAGGAAGUUAAUUAAAGAAAUAAAGCUAUAAAUAAAGUUUUAAAUAUUUUUCAUGUUUUUAAUUUGAUUACAAUAUAAUUUAUACCGUUUGGGGUGGGUUGGUGCCGAAAUGUUUAAAACUGAGUCGGACUGCAGUGUUGUAAAAAGGCUAACUCUGACACCUGUUUCCACAUUUUGACUUAAAUUCUCACGACUGACCAUGUAACUACACCCUGAUUCUCCUCCUCCAUGGCUUCCUGUGACUUGAUCAGAUCCCAUUUCUCGGACCUGUACUAAUUCUCUCAGUGAUUGUAGUUUAAAAAUAAAAUAAAUAUAAUUUUUAUAUCAAAGAAUUAUGUUAAAAAUGUCUGUAAUUUAGUGUUCUUAAGUAAAUUUUUGUACUAUAAUAUUCCGCUUUUCAUGUGACGUCACAUUGCUUAAACCCCCCUCUUCCUCGUCACACAUCAUCACAAAAAUGUGACCCUCCCUCUCCCCCCCCCCCCAUACGCAUGAUGUCAUUCAUGGAUUGCCACUUGUUGGGGGGGGGGGGCGCUAGCAUUUAGAUUAUAGAAAAAAAUUAUACCAAUUAUUACUUAAUAUUACUUUAUUACCAAGCAUCAGGGAAAAAUGUGUCCCCCCCCCCCCCCCCCCCCCCCAUACGCAUGAUGUCAUUCAUGGAUUGCCACUUGUUGGGGGGGGGGGGCGCUAGCAUUUAGAUUAUAGAAAAAAAUUAUACCAAUUAUUACUUAAUAUUACUUGACUACCAAGGAUCAGGGGCCAAUGCAAAGCUACUGUUAAUGCGACCAGGAGAAGGCCAAUUUUCUUUUUCCGCCCCUUCAAAUAUCAUAGUCAUAGCACUGAAAUAAAGCUUGCUAAAUUCAAUAUUCUACUCUGUGCACAUUUAAAAAUUCAUCUGCAUUGUGAGUGAUUGUGUAAGUGUAUCACCUACAACAGGUUGAGAAUCUAUAUAUUACAAUAAUUUUCAUAAACCCCAUAAAUGAUUUAAUAAAAAGUAAAUUAGAAGUUAUUAAUACAAAUAUUUACAGUUUACGCCUAAUGGCAUUAAUUAAUGACUUACUUUAACUUUUGAUUUUGAACUGCUGCAGCUCAUUAUACUUAAAAGUCCCAAUGAUAGAUUUCAUAAAUAUCUCUCUCUUUACAGAUUAUUCACUAUCAGUGGCACUAGCAAGAUUUCACAAUUUUUUUGGCCCAGUUUUUGAUAUCUGAUUUUUCAUUGAGUUCAAUGAAGAAUUCUUCAAAAAUAACAUUUGAUCAAGUUUAACAAUGUCACUGUACGGCCAUCUCAAAGUCAUCUCUUCAGGCUGCAACAUGUGUUUAAGGACACUGCGAAUAGAAAGAAACCAUUGUCUCCUGAAAAGAUCUAUGAAGCUUCUGUCAUCAAGAGCCAGUCCAAAAAACAUGGUAUCAUGUAGAACUUCUUUAUUCCAUUAUAAAAGUAAUGCAAAUGGCUCAAGUUUAAAAGAAGCUCUUUCGCUAGUGAUAGCAAGGCAACUAUCUGUCAAGGCUCAGAAUGCCACUAAAAGAAGCAAGUUGAAAAUACUCAUUUUGUUAUCAGCAGCUAUCACUGUCACAGGGACAAUAUCGUAUUAUACUUUUGAAUCACAAGACAGGAGAAAACUGAUAGUUUUUGCUGGUGGUAUACAGCGAUUUUUACGGUACGAUGAUAGUUUUUUUAUAUUCCUUUGGCUAAGAGGCAUCAGGUGAGCUCAAAAUAAAUUUGUAAAAUUUUACAAAAAAGAUUGAUUCAGUUGGAGAAUUUCAGAUUGCUUAAAUCUCUUUAUCUUUACACUUGUUUCUUGUUGUGUUCAUUCAAAGAUUGAAAUGCUUUACAUUUAAUGUUAAUAAAUUUAUUUUUAAAAUUAUGUUAUCUUGGUACAAAAAAUAUCAGAUUAUGGUUUGGUGUCAAGAUUUUUCAUCAGAUUUAUUUUAUGCUCAGUCAAUUUUUACUCACACAAUGUAGUUAGAACUUGAUCUUAUAACUGAAUCAUGUUUUAAAUAUAAAAUGAUAAGCUCCUUUUGUAGACUCAUUUAAAAAACAACUAUGUAACCCACUAUUUAUUGGAUGAAAUUUUAUAUUUAAGCUUCAGGCAUCCAUCCAUUAAAUAUCAGAAAACAUCAUUUAAAAUAAAUGGAAAAAUAACAUGGUACUUUAUCGUAAUAGGAAUUUACUCAUUUCCUAUUUUGUAGGAAAUUUACUCAUUUCCUAUUUUGCUAACCUGGUUGCCUUCCCUCCCCUUAUUACCCAAAUGUAUCAUAAUACACAUUUAGCGUCCAAUCAUUAGCUUGGUACAUUCACUGCCUUAUCAAAUUCAUUUUCAUUUCAAGUGAUAUCAUUCUCAUUUGAUUCAGUAAAACGACACUAAAAUUUGACUACUAGUAAACACCAGAAAUAUAAGCUUGAAAUAUUUCACGAAUGUCUCAAAACUUAUAGUUUCAACACAGACUGAUUCUAGGCAACACAUUUUUGUUUCAGAUCUCUUCUCAUAGGCACUGUAAUAUCCCUAGACUACAAGUGGACUCUGUAUAAUGUUGAUGAGGAGUCUGAAGAGUACAACCAGUUGAUAAAAACGUGUCAUCAGAGAGCAGCAGACAGACUUCUUGUAGGAUGCUUAAAAAAUGGAGGUCUCUACAUUAAAUUGGGUCAAGGUAAAUACCUGCGUUCUGGUGACUUAUUAGGUGCCCAUUGAUUUUCUGGGGGAAUUACUAUAGAUAGAAUUUGUCCAUCCCAGUGUAUGCUAUAAAUAUAUAUAUAUAUAUAUAUAAAUAUAAUAUAAAAUCUGUAAUUAAAUAAAUUAAUUGGAAUGAAUGUAUCAUGCCCUCUAGCACCAGAGUGAGGCAUAGACAAUAAAAAAUAUAUCUCCUUUUUGCCUUGUUAAUGAAUGGCUAUGCCACACUGGGGUACUACAGGCCUAUUCCACACUGGGGUGCUACAGGCAUAUGCCUCACUGGAGUGCUACAGGCCUAUUCGACACUGAGGUGCUAAAGGCCUAUGCCACACUGGGUUGCUACAGACCUAUGCCACACUGGGAUUCUACAGGUCUAUGCUGCACUGAGGUGCUACCAUUCCAUGCCACAAUGAGGUGCUACAGGUCUAUGCUGCACUGAAGUGGUAAAGGAUUGAUGAUAAAUAUUUUUAUUUCAUGACAUGCAUAAAAUUACUAAAUGUCAACAGAAGUCUAUCUCAGCUGUACCUGACCUAAGCUAAAUGUUGACAGAAGUCUGUCUCAGCUAUACAUAAACUAAAUGUUGACAGAAGUCUGUCUCAGCUGUACCUAAGCUAAAUGUUGACAGAAGUCUGUCUCAGCUAUACAUAAACUAAAUGUUAACAGAAGUCUGUCUCAGCUGUACCUAAGCUAAAUGUUGACAGAAGUCUGUCUCAGCUGUACAUAAACUAAAUGUUGACAGAAGUCUGUCUCACCUGUACAUAAGCUAAAUGUUGACAGAAGUCUGUCUCAGCUGUACAUAAACUAAAUGUUGACAGAAGUCUGUCUCAGCUGUACAUAAACUAAAUGUUGACAGAAGUCUGUACCUAGCUGUACCUGGCAUUAACCAUGAGCUUCAUUCUUUAAUGCUGCAAACAUUCAGACAGUUUUGAUUUGAAAAUGUUUUAAAUAGUUUGAAUACUUUUCUCCAUUGCUGAGCUUCCGCGUAAAUGAAUCGAUUAUAAUAGAAUUUGAUAAUAUUUAUGUAGGAUUUUUUUUUACUCCAAGUCUUGAAUUCUUUCUGCAGGUCUGGUUUCAUUUAACCACAUCUUACCCAAGGAAUAUCUCAGUACUCUAGUUGUGCUGCAGGACAAAGCCUUGACCAGACAGCCACAUGAGGUGAGUUGACAUAAGCCUUGACCGGACAGCCACAUGAGGUGAGUUGACAUAAGCCUUGACCGGACAGCCACAUGAGGUGAGUUGACAAAAGCCUUGACCGGACAGCCACAUGAGGUGAGUUGACAAUAGCCUUGACCAGACAGCCACAUGAGGUGAGUUGAAAUAAGACUUGGCCGGACAGCCACAUGAGGUGAGUUGACAUAAGCCUUGACCAGACAGCCACAUGAGGUGAGUUGACAUAAGUCUUGACCAGACAGCCACAUGAGGUAAGUUGACAUUUAUAACACAACUGAUGUGGACCAUAUCAGAUAUUGCUUUAAUAGUUUUGAAAAGCUUAAAAGUAAAUAAAACAAUAAAUAGCAGACAUUUUAUUUUUGGAGCAGUGGAUGGGCCGGGUUGCAAUAUUCAAUAAUCAUUUUUUUCUUCAUUUAAACUACACACCAAUAUAAUCAUUUUGUCUCAACUUAAAAUACACAACAAUUCAUUAUGUCUUCACUUACUACACAAAAAUGUAAUCAUUAUAUCUUCACUUAAACUACACAAAAAUGUAAAUCACUAUGUCUUCACUUAAACUACACAACAAUGUAAACAUUUUCUCCACUUAAACUACACAAUAAUGUUAUCAUGUCUUUACUUAAACUACACAAUAAUGUUAUCAUGUCUUUAUUUAAACUACACAAUAAUGUUAUCAUGUCUUUACUUAAACUACACAAUAAUGUUAUCAUGUCUUUACUUAAACUACACAAAAAUGUUAUCAUGUCUUUACUUAAACUACACAAUCAUUUCACAUUAUAGUCCAUUAUCUGUCUUGACAUCAUAUUUGACUCUAUCUGCUUUCUUAAUGAACUUUUGGUGUUUUCUUAGAAUUUCUGCCCUGUUGUUUUGGUAAUUAAAUUAAUCAACCAAUUUCUAUGAUUUAUUACUGUACACAUAAAUAGAUCCACCUAAUGACAACAUACAAUGUCAACAGCUAAUGCCAAAAACUUAUCAAUGAAACUUACAUAUUUCCUGUUGUCUAUACAGGUUGAACAAUUAUUUAUGGAAGACUUUGGAAGGAAACCAACAGAAAUUUUUGCAGAGUUUGAAGAAGAACCAAUAGCGGCUGCAAGUCUGGCCCAGGUGCACCGUGCCACAACCCAUAACGGGGACAAAGUUGCUGUGAAGGUAGGAUGAGACCAUGACAUCAUUGAAAUAUUUCUUACUACACAAUUGUUGUGAAGGUAGGAUGAGACCAUGAUGUCAUUGAAACAUUCCUUGCCACACAAUUUUUGUGAAGGUGGGAUGAGAUCAUGAUGUCAUUAAAACAUUUCUUUUCAAACUAUUAUGGGCUGCACAGCUUGGCAAAAUGGUCUCUUAGAAUGUUGACAGAUUAUCUGCUUAUUAAUUGGACUGAUAAGCCAAUAAGUUAUUACAUAUGUAUUGUGUACAGCUAAUAAGUUAUUACAUAUGUAUUGUACAGCCAAUAAGUUAUUACAUAUGUAUUGUACAGCCAAUAAGCUAUUACAUAUCUCUACAGGAGCUUGGCAAGGAUUUGUUCAUUACAUGUUUAGCAUCAAGUGUCAAAUAGAAAAGCUUCUUUUUAAAAAAAAAUAUUCUUUGUCAAGUUUAAACAUCAUCAAUAUGAAUAUCGUUUUAAGAAAGCUGAAAUCUUCUCUUCCUUUGAUUGAACUCUUUCUCUGUGCUCAACUAUUUAUAAUUCUCUCAUUGUCCGUUCGCUUAUGAAAUUUUAUGAGCAGUGGGCAAUUUUAUAUUCUGAAAAUAAAUUUGAUUCCAUAUGUAUCAUUAUUUAAAUUGAUGCUGUACCUGAUAAUGUGAGAUCUCCUCUACCCAGGUCCAGUACAUUGACCUCAGGGACAGGUUUGCCGGGGACAUGACGACAUGUGAAAUCCUUCUCAACCUGGUCGCUUGGGUUCACCCCAAGUUUGGAUUUGCCUGGGUCAUAAAGGUAAACACACGGGAAACAUUACUUAGUAUCUGGUUCUGUUUAAAAGCAAUGCUCAGUUUUCAAUGUUGACACAUUUUAACGAGGAGGAACACUUUUUAUUGAGUCAAAAUUGCAUUAAAAUGUAUUACUUAAUAAUACCUGUGGCGUUGCAGCCCAUGGGGGGGGGGGGCUUUGGCCUCCCUAACUACUUCCUUCCACGUAGACCAUCCGAACCUGUGACGCUACAGCCCAUAUGGGGCUUUGGCCUGCCUCACCACUUUGUUCCACUCAGUCCUAACAAUUGCUUUUCUUUUCCAUGCUUGGAUUCCCAGCUGCUGUAGGUCUUUUUCCACAUCAUCCAUCCAUCUAAGCCUGGGGUCUGCAUUUAAACCGUUUUCUUCUGGGGUUUUGGUUAAUAUAAUGUAUAUUAAUAAUUUUAGAUUGUAUGUAUUUUAUGACAGAUUAGAAAAUGGUAUAAGUUUUAAAAAAAUUAAUGUAAUUUUGUAGACGACAUGUAACCCUCCAACAUGACUGUAGUUAAACUAAAACAUUACAUCUUAUUGUUAAACUUAUAAUUAUCAUUAUUACAAUAACAAUAAGAUACAAAAUACAGGGAAAGAGAUGAAUUACUUAGAAAUUUCAGCUCAGAAGGUAUUAGUCGGCUUGCAAGAAAAAACAAAAAAGGGAAAAAUAUAUAAAGAAAUGUUUUGUUAAGAUUAAAGGGAAUGUGUUUUUCUGAAAAUGUAAGGGGUCAAAAUUAUUAAUUUUUGUUACAUUGCUGAUUGUUAAGUUUUGGCUUUAACUCAUUGCACAACUUCUGUACCAAAUAAAAACUAGGACUAAUCUGACUAUGGAUAAAAUCCAUGAGUUGCUAUUUAAAUUAUAGUUUUGCUUCUAGUAGGACUAAUCUUAUUAUGGAUCAAACCUUGUCGUUGAUAUUUAAAUUAGAGUUGUGCUUCUGCUCCCCAUGACUUUAUUGUUAACUCCUACAUUCCAGGAUUUAAAAGAAACACUUCGACAGGAGCUCGACUUUGAGAAUGAGGGCAGGAAUGCUGAACGGUGUCAGAGAGAUCUGGGGCAUUUAAAGUUUAUUUACGUACCCAAAGUCUACUGGGCAAUGACAACAAAGGUUGGAUAUCAACUAAAAGCAUAAACGUUGGCCAGCUUCAACACCAUUGGCCAGCUUCAAAAUCUUUGGUCAUCAGUAAAGAGACACAUCCAUGGUUCUUUUUUUCUUUUCAAAAAGAUACAUAGAUGUGACAAUGGUUCACAAAUAGUGUUUAAAGAUAUUACUUUUCCAAACGCACCCAACCCGAAGUGAUUGAAGUCUUUUCAACUUAUUUUCUAUACUUUUCAUAACAAACAAGCCAUCGAUGUCACUGUGGUUCUAUAAUAAAACCAUUUUCUAUUACAGAAAAGCUGUUGCUGACACUAGUUCCUUCUAAUAAAACUAUAAGUCCCAAGUCUUUUAUUGUGUUGUCUCAUGAUAAAAGUCUCAUGUCUUCUGUUGUAUUGUCUCAUGAUAAAACUAAAAGUCUCAAGUCUUUUAUUGUGUUGUCUCAUGAUAAAAGUCUCAUGUCUUCUGUUGUAUUAUCUCAUGAUAAAACUAAAAGUCUCAAGUCUUUUAUUGUGUUGUCUCAUGAUAAAAGUCUCAUGUCUUCUGUUGUGUUGUCUCAUGAUAAAACUAAAAGUCUCAAGUCUUUUAUUGUGUUGUCUCAUGAUAAAAGUCUCAUGUCUUCUGUUGUAUUGUCUCAUGAUAAAACUAAAAGUCUCAAGUCUUUUAUUGUGUUGUCUCAUGAUAAAAGUCUCAUGUCUUCUGUUGUAUUAUCUCAUGAUAAAACUAAAAGUCUCAAGUCUUUUAUUGUGUUGUCUCAUGAUAAAAGUCUCAUGUCUUCUGUUGUAUUAUCUCAUGAUAAAACUAAAAGUCUCAAGUCUUUUAUUGUGUUGUCUCAUGAUAAAAGUCUCAUGUCUUCUGUUGUGUUGUCUCAUGAUAAAACUAAAAGUCUCAAGUCUUUUAUUGUGUUGUCUCAUGAUAAAAGUCUCAUGUCUUCUGUUGUAUUGUCUCAUGAUAAAACUAAAAGUCUCAAGUCUUUUAUUGUGUUGUCUCAUGAUAAAAGUCUCAUGUCUUCUGUUGUGUUGUCUCAUGAUAAAACUAAAAGUCUCAAGUCUUUUAUUGUGUUGUCUCAUGAAGAAGUCUCAUGUCUUCUGUUGUGUUGUCUCAUGAUAAAACUAAAAGUUUUUUUCUUUUCAAAAGGAAAUGUGAAUGUUGUAUUUUCCCAUGACAAUACUAAAAGUCUCAAGUCUUCUAUUGUGUUUUCUCACGAUAAUGCUAAAAGUCUCAAGUCUUCUAUUGUGUUUUCUCACGAUAAUGCUAAAAGUCUCAAGUCUUCUAUUGUGUUGUCUCAUCAGCGUGUGCUGACAGCAGAGUACAUUGAUGGCGUCAAGAUCAAUAACUUGGAGGGAAUCAAAAGCAUGGGGCUCAGUCUACAAGACGUGAGUGCUCUCCCUUUAGAAUUAUGGUUGCCUUUAAUGAACACUGACAAUAUGGAUAGUGAUUGAUGGUUUGCUAUGUAAGACUUUCUCUAAGACUCCACUGUAAGUUUUCACCAUUAGACUCCACCGUAAGACUCUUUUAUUAGAUUCCACCAUAAGACUUCACCAUUAGACUCCACUGUAACACUCCACUAUUAGACUCUACUGUAGACUCCACCAGAAGACUCCACCAUUAGUCUUCACCAUAAGACUCCACCAUAAGACUUCACUGUUAGACUUCACCCUAAGACUCCACUGCUAGACUCUACCAAAUGUACCGUUUGAUUUCUAUUUAAGACUCCUCUGUCACAUAACUCUGUCACAUAACUCUGUCACUCAUGUUAAUACAUUAUUUCCCUACAGGUAGACACCAAGCUUGUCAAGUCUUUCUCAGACCAGAUUUUUUUGUCAGGGUUUGUCCAUGCUGAUCCACAUCCUGGCAAUGGUAAUUUACUUUUGUUUUUUAUAUGGUUUUCCCAGUUGAGUAAGGCAUUCUCAUGUGUUUGAUUUGAAGAAUUUGUUUUUAAGAAAUGCACUUGUCUUUUGAUAUUGUGUUAUUUUGUCCCUUCAUAAAUUAUGGACCUUUAAUGAGGCCUCACUUAUCUCCCAUGUUUGAUUAAAUUUGCACUUGAUUGACCUCGCUUGUUUCGUCCAGUGUUUGUCAGAAAAGGGCAUGAUGGGAAGGCACAGCUUGUGCUCCUGGAUCAUGGACUUUAUGAUUCCUUGAAGGGAGAUGACCGCAGGGCCCUGUGUCAACUCUACAAAGCGAUUAUUAUGAAUGACGAGGAAGCCAUGGAUGAGAACUCUUACAAACUUGGUGUUAAUGGUAAUUGCGUUUAUUGUUAUUUCUAAAUCCAGAGAUUUUUUAUUAUGGUCAUUCUCAUUUUGACAGUUAAUAGUUUUCCAAAUUUCUCCAGGCGUAUCCCAGAGAUCUUUUUAGUCAAAUCUGAAAUAUUAAAUUUAUGAAAAAAGCCUUCAUUUAUCACAGAUAUUAAAUAUUUCUAAUGUAUUCUUCAAGAAAUUCUAUGCUAUAAAAUUUGAUUAACUUUAUAUAAAUGCAAAUUUUAGUCAUUGAUAUUGUCAAGUCUUGACAGCAUAGUCAUUAUAUAAUAUAUGUAGGGGGUCCAGUCUCCAGUAUGGCUGAUAUAUAUUUUUUAAAAACUUUGCUCAUGUUUUUUUUUAAAUCCCCCCCCCCCCGUCUGUCCCAGACAAACAAACAAAAUCACAACAUUUGGUCACUAUUCAUUUUCUUGUUAAAAACUUUGGUAAAAAGCUGAGCUCAGAUAUUUAUUGUGCAAAUUAUCAUGUCCACAAAACAAAUUUUACAGUACUUUUGAUUGUCUGGCAAGAGAAAACUACAUUAGAGCAAAGCUUAUUUACCACAGCUAAUUUACAAAAGCCAAUUAACCAAAGUCAAUUUACCAACGCUAAUUUACCAAAGCCAAUUGACCACAGCUAAUCUGCCAAAGCCAAUUUACCCGAGCCAUUUCACCAAAGCAUCUACCGGAGGGAGGGGGGAGCUAGUACCACCAUUUGUAACACUUUUCAGUUCUUAACUCAUCCUGCAACAAGACUCUUGUGGCCUUAUGGUCUCUAUAAUUAUUGAAGUAUUUUUUCCCAUCUGAUUCCUUGUGGGAGCAGACUCUCUCAUAUUUGCUAUCAUGAUCAUGCAAAGACCAGUCCGCAUGAAGACCCGGAGGUUGUUCGAUAUCAAACCUCCGACGCACGAGGAGUGGGUGCUCAUGGGUCAGGAGGAGAAGUCGGUGUGGAAGGAGAAGUUUCAAGAGAUUCACGGCCGAGUCCUGACCGUCAUGAAAGCCAUGCCUUCUCCGCUGUUCUGGAUUUUCCGGUAGAAUUAGUUCCCCUGUUCUCCUUGAAAACAGAAUCAUGGCAACCUUUUUGUUUUAUAAUUGAAAUCUUUACUCUGUAACAAAUGUGAUGGUUUGAGGUGGUGUAAAACAAUUACUAAAACCUGGUGAAAUCUAUAGCAACUCAUUAUACCCGAGAUAAGUGUAUUUGGUCAUGCUAGUUUUUUUAGACAAAUUUCUUUGAAUAUGUCUAUAGUCAAGUUCUUCUGUUACAUAAGGUAUUUGAAUAUGUCUGUAGUCAAGUUCUUCUGUUACAUAAGGUAUUUGAAUAUGUCUGUAGUCAAGCCCUUCUGUUACAUAAGGUAUUUGAAUAUGUCUGUAGUCAAGCCCUUCUGUUACAUAAGGUAUUUGAAUAUGUCUGUAGUCAAGCCCUUCUGUUACAUAAGGUAUUUGAAUAUGUCUGUAGUCAAGCCCUUCUGUUACAUAAGGUAUUUGAAUAUGUCUGUAGUCAAGCCCUUCUGUUACAUAAGGUAUUUGAAUAUGUCUGUAGUCAAGCCCUUCUGUUACAUAAGGUAUUUGAAUAUGUCUGUAGUCAAGUUCUUCUGUUACAUAAGGUAUUUGAAUAUGUCUGUAGUCAAGUUCUUCUGUUACAUAAGGUAUUUGAAUAUGUCUGUAGUCAAGUUCUUCUGUUACAUAAGGUAUUUGAAUAUGUCUGUAGUCAAGCCCUUCUGUUACGUAAGGUAUUUGAAUAUGUCUGUAGUCAAGCCCUUCUGUUACAUAAGGUAUUUGAAUUUUUCUGAAGUGAAGCUCUGCUGUUCAUCAUCAUCAUCAUCAAUGGUACUACAGCCCAUGUAGGGCCCUGGCCUGCUCCACCACAUCCUUCCAUUCGGAGCGAUCCAUGGCUUUCCGUCUCCAUGCUCGAACCCCCAACUGGUGUAAAUCAGUCUCCACAUCAUUAAUCCACCUCAUCCUUGGGCGACUGAUGAGUCGUCUGCCCCUAGGCUUCUGCCUGUAUAUAAUUUUGGCUGCUCUGCAUUCCGGCAUUCUUUCAACAUGACCUGCCCAGCGUAUUCUGCCUUUUUUAUCAUUGUGACUAUGGGUGGUUCUUUGUACAAAUAGUAAAGUUCUUGGUUUGUACGUAUUCUCCAGAUAUCAUUUUCUAUCACUGGUCCGUAUAUUUUGCGGAGGAUUUUCCUCUCCCAUGUAUUGAGCAGGUUCUCAGCUUUUCUGGUGAGGGUCCAGGUCUCACUAGCGUACGUUACUACAGGUCUUAUGAUGGUGGUGUAUAUUGUCUUCUUUGUUCCCCUUGAUAGGUUUUUGUUUCCCAGCAGCUUUUGUAGACUGAAAUAGGAACGGUUGUCUGCUGUUAUCCUUUCUUUCACCUCCAACAUUAUCUCAUUGUGCUCAUUUAUAGUUGCCCCUAGAUAUUUGAAUGUAGCCACUCUCUCAAAUUUGUGGUUGUUUAUAUUGAUGUUAUUAUCAGCAUGGGAGUUUCUUGACAUUAUCAUAUAUUUUGUCUUCGGUUCAUUUAUAUCAAAGCCAGCUUUGAAUGAGGCAUUUUCAAGUUCCCUGAAUGCUUUAAUUGUGUCAUUACGGUUUCUACCCAGUAGUGCUAUAUCAUCUGCAUAUGCCAGGUACUGCAAUGGUUGGCUAUAAAAGGUUCCUGAUGGUCGUUGUUCUGUAGUAUCUCUCUGGAAGUAGUUUGUUAUGGUUCCACUGGUGCUAAUGUGUAUGCUUCUAAUAACUUUUUCUAGCGUGAUGUUAAACAGGAUACAUGAUAGUGAAUCAUAAGUUAUUUGAAUAUGUCUGUAGUCAAGUUCUUCUGUUACAUAAGUUAUUUGAAUAUGUCUGUAGUCAAGUUCUUCUGUUACAUAAGGUAUUUGAAUAUGUCUGUAGUCAAGCCCUUCUGUUACAUAAGUUAUUUGAAUAUGUCUGUAGUCAAGCCCUUCUGUUACAUAAGUUAUUUGAAUAUGUCUGUAGUCAAGUUCUUCUGUUACAUAAGUUAUUUGAAUGUGUCUGAAGUGAAGCUCUGCUGUUAUAUAAGUUCUAAUAAAGAUCUGUUUCUAAAAACUGUUUCUCACCACCUAAUAAAUGAAGGACUGCGUUCAAGCUGUGUGAAUGAAAUAGUUGAACAAGGUAUGUGGAAUCUACAUGCAUAGGAGCCAAAAUGAUCAAUAAAUUGAUCGUGGGCCCUUAAGAUAUAGAAGAAGAAUCUGGAAUAAAAGGACAGGACAAUACGAUGGGAACGUUUUGGCUUAGACAUCUCCUUUGUUUUAUAGUGCUCUGUUUUUUGUCCUAUUUUCAUUUGUCCUGUUCACUGGAGAAGGCUCUAGCCGAAACGUUCACAUCUUACUAUCCUGUCUUUUGAUUCAAGCUUUGACAUACCUUGUUCUACUAUUUUAUUCUUAACACCUAAGAGUUGUCACUUAAUGGCACUUAAGAUUUGUUCUAUUUUCCAAUGAGAAUUGUUUUAGAAGCUUUUAUGCUAAAACAUUUAGACUAAGAAAGAACAGCAACAGUAAUUGGCUUCAUCUCUCAGUGAAGAUCAGUAAUUCCAGAGAAACCACAAUGUAUCACCCUAAAGUAAAGCGGGUCAGAUAAGUCUUGGCCAUCCCAACAUGAUAAGUCUUGGCCAUUCCAACAUGAUAAGUCUUGGCCAUCUCAACAUGAUAAGUCUUGGCCAUCUCCACAUGUUAAGUCUUGGCCAUCUCCACAUGAUAAUUCUUGGUCAUCUCAAAAUGAUAAGUCUUGGCUAUCUUAACAUGCCUAGCAACAGCCUUUAACAAUCUAUGUGACAGGACUCAUUAUUUAGAAACAUUAAUAUUUCAUAGUUUUCCCAGUGUGCCCAAAGCUUAUUGUCAGCCUGUAGAAGAGUUGAAGAACAUGAUAACUAUGUCAGCUUGUCAGCUUAUAGAAGAGUUGAAGAACACGAUAACUAUUCGACUCCAGAUUUCUAUCGUCCCAGUCUCCCAUCUAUUUCCAGACUAUGAAAUGUUCUGUGAGAUUCUAGUGCAGCGUCCAGUGAAACGUAACACCAUUUUCCUCCCCUCCGCCAUGACCAGUGCCGACAUAGCUUACAUGCAGAAGAUGGCCCAAAACCACUUUGAUAAGAUAAUGGUGGUCUUGAGGGCAAUGCCCAGGAAUCUUUUGUUGGUCAUCAGGUGGGAUUUAUUUGUUAGUCAUCUGGUUUGGAUUUAUAAGUUAGUCGUUAGGUGGGAUUUAUAUGUUGGCUAUCAGGUGGGAUUUAUAUGUUGGUUAUCAGGUGGGAUUUAUGUAUGGGUCAUCAGGUGGGAUUUAUAUGUUGGUCGUCUGGUUUGGAUUUAUAAGUUAGUCGUUAGGUGGGAUUUAUAUGUUGGUCAUCUGGUUUGGAUUUAUAAGUUAGUCAUUAGGUGGGAUUUAUAUGUUGGUCAUCUGGUUUGGAUUUAUAAGUUAGUCGUUAGGUGGGAUUUAUAUGUUGGUCAUCUGGUUUGGAUUUAUAAGUUAGUCGUUAGGUGGGAUUUAUAUGUUGGUCAUCUGGUUUGGAUUUAUAAGUUAGUCGUUAGGUGGGAUUUAUAUGUUGGUCAUCUGGAUUUAUAUGUUGGUCAUCUGGUUUGGAUUUAUAAGUUAGUCGUUAGGUGGGAUUUAUAUGUUGGUCAUCAGGUGGGAUUUAUAUGUUGGUCAUCAGGUGGGAUUUAUGUGUUAAUUUUAUGUUAAUUGUUGGGAAUUUGUUGCCCACACCGAAGCAAGUUUUAUUACACUCCCUAGUGAUGAUCAUUAUAAUUUGCAUGCAAACGGAGACUUUUACAAUAUCAGCAAAUUAUUACGUCAGCAAUGAUUCUGUUUUCAAAUGGAGUUUUAACAUCUAGACCCUAGAAAACAGUUUUAUAAUCAUCUAGCACCAUCUUUGAAAUGACUUGAUUAUUGAGUUUGUUGUUGCUGGUCAUUUUGUUAAAGGCAAUGUCUUCACUAACAUUUACUUGGCCUCUGUAUCUUGUUGUUUGUUCAUGGCAAUAUCUUCACUAACAUUUACUUGGCCAGUGAAUCUUGUUGUUUGUUCACGGCAAUGUCUUCACUAACAUUUACUUGGCCUCUGUAUCUUGUUCUUUGUUCAUUGCAAUGUCUUCACUAACACUGACUUGGCCUCUGUGUUUUGUUGUUUGUUCAUGACAAUUUUCUGGACUUUGGGAAUCCAAUUGGUAAAUAACCUGACAUGACUUAGAUCUUAAAACAUCUUCUCAAAAACAUCUACAACUCUUUUUCUAUUUUUAUCUUUGCCAAAAGGAACCUGAACACCAUUCGUGCCAUUCUCCGUGACCAUGGCAACACUGUAGACAGAUAUGGUAUCAUGGCCAGGAGGUAAUCUUAUUGUUGUGAAGUUGCAAACUGUUAAUUUAGCUGGUGUAUGUUUCUUGGGUGUCCUUGUAUUUGGCUGGUGUAUGUUUCUUGGGUGUCCUUAUAUUUGCCUGGUGAGUGUUUCUUGGGUGUCCUUAUAUUUGGCAGGUGUGUGUUUCUUUGGUGUCCUAAUAUUUGCUGGUGUGUCUUUCUUGGGUGUCCUUAUAUUUGCUGGUGUGUGUUUCUUGGGUGUCCUUGUAUUUGGCUGGUGUGUGUUUCUUGGGCGUCCUUAUAUUUGGCUGGUGUGUGUUUCUUGGGUGUCCUUAUAUUUGGCUGGUGUGUGUUUCUUGGGCGUCCUUAUAUUUGGCUGGUGUGGGUUUUGUUGGUGUCAUAUUUGGCAGGUGUGUGUUUCUUGGGUGUCCCAUUAUUGGGCUGGUGUGUGUCUCUUGGGUGUCCCACAAUUGGGCUGGUGAGUGUUUCUUGGGUGUCCUUGUUACUAUGGAGGCAUGAAGCUCCCAGCCCAUCAAAACUGUAAACCAUUGAAUUGAAACAAUAGGAAUGAAGCCUAAUAUUCUUAAAGGUGAAGUUAUCAUCAAAUUUGAGAGGAUCUUAUAAAGAUAGAUUCCUUGUUAUGUGUGUGUGUGUGUGUGUACAUGCUGUCAAAAUGCUCAGGUUGCAUAUCUGUCAAUGCCAGGUGGGUUGCAUAUCUGUCAAUGCGAGGUGGGUUGCAUAUCUGUCAAUGCCAGGUGGGUUGCAUAUCUGUCAAUGCCAGGUGGGUUGCAUAUCUGUCAAUGCCAGGUGUUAGACCAGUGUACAGUUGACUUAUGUCAAUGCCAGGCGUUAGACCAUUGUACAGUUGACUUAUGUCAAUGUCAGGUGUUAGACCAUUGUACAGUUGACUUAUGUCAAUGUCAGGUGUUAGACCAUUGUACAGUUGACUUAUGUCAAUGUCAGGUGUUAGACCAUUGUACAGUUGACUUACGUCAAUGUCAGGUGUUAGACCAUUGUACAGUUGACUUAUGUCAAUGCCAGGUUUUAGACCAUUGUACAGUUGACUUAUGUCAAUGUCAGGUAUUAGACCAUUGUACAGUUGACUUAUGUCAAUGUCAGGUGUUAGACCAUUGUACAGUUGACUUACUCUAAUAUAAGUGUUUUGUGUACAUGUAGGAGAACACUAGAUUUUAAUUUGCUCUCAUUUUUAUUAUUUCUAUUUAGAGUAAAGUGUUGUGGUGUAGAGUGUAAUUUGAGGAGGAUUGCAUUCAGGUUGAAAUAUUUAGAACUAUAAAAUACUGGUAGGAUAAACCUUAAAAAAAACAAAAAACAACAGGUGACCUUUCAGCUGGAAGCCUGCAACACCAACAAGAACAACAGAGAAUAAAAUACUACUUAUCUUGUUAAGGGAGGUACUGUAGAGGAGCACAUUUCAAUUAUUGGGGAAAGUGAGGUACUGUAGAGGGGUGCAUUUCAAUUAUUGGGGAAAGUGAGGUAAUGUAGAGAAGCACAAUUCAAUUAUAUGGGAAAGUGAGGUACUGUAAAGGAGCUCAUUUCAAUUAUUGGGGAAAGUGACGUAAUGUAGAGGAGCACAUUUCAAUUAUUGGGGAAAGUAAGUUAAUGUAGAAGAGCACAUUUCAAUUAUUAGGGAAAGUGAGGUACUGUAGAGGAGCCCUUUUUUCUGUUUUUGGGUAAAGAAAGGUACUGUAGAGCAGCACACAUUUCUAUUAAUACUGUAGAGUAGCACUUUUUUCUCUAUAUUGUGUCUCCACCCACAGUGCCAUUGUAGGUUCCCACUUGGAUGACCCAACAACCAGCACAGUGAGAGGUGUGCUCUGGGCAUGGUGGACCAGGUGUGUCUAUGACUGUCGGGUCAUCAAGGAGAAUCUCAAACACAAACUCUUGAUGUUCAUGGCCAUCAACUACCUCCGAGUGCUUCACUUGUUGGGUCGGGGAUUGUCCAUGGACGAGAUUAAAUCUUUCACUAAAGCAGAGGAGAAAAGGUGAACCUUAGUUUGUUAUCCGAGGUCCACUGUGCAUUCGAUGUAAACCCUCACAUAUCCUUGAUCAAAAGAGCAUAACUCCAUUUGAACAUGAAAAGCCAUCUUUGUUUUUAUUUUUAUUAAUAAGAAUAAAAAUAAAUUAAAUUGACCCAUUACACAAAAAUAUUUACAAAAUAGGUAUAAAAUAACCUUGUAUUUUUAUUUUCAGAUUUGAUUCCAUUUAAUCAGAUUUGGAUCGCCAACUGUGAUUUCCUUUUCAUGAAAAUCUUUUGUAGUUCAUCUUCGUUAAUGUUUUCCUUCAUAUAUUUUAAUCAUGUAGAAGCAAUGUUUUGAUAAGCAUUUAGAUAAAUUGCAAACGUUCUAUUUAAACCAUAUAUUGCCAAGGCAUCACAGAUUUUAAGCCAUCCCAUAUUGUCAAGUCAAAACGGAUUGACAAGCCAUGAUGGAGGGCCAAGACAUGGACUAUGUGUGGACUAUGUUCAUUUUGUGUUAUUUUGCAAACCUACAUGAAUAGUACCAUAACUUAAUAACAGCUCUUACAAGUCUUGUCCUUGUUGAUCAAGGAUCCGUUUGCUUAAACUAGCACAAAACCUGCGGUUGGUCCUCUUAUGCAUUAUCUCAGCCUUAUUACAGGAGUGGGGAGGUUGCUAAGACUGCUAAUAACUGUAGGAAGUGUGGUGUGGGUUGAGUGAAGUGUGGUGUGGGUUGAGUGAAGUGUGGUGUGGGUUGAGUGAAGUGUGGUGUGGGUUGAGUGAAGUGUGGUGUGGGUUGAAUGAAAAUGGCAUUGUUUCAUUGAUUCUUUGAUGGACAUACUGAAGUUUUCCCGAUUUACACUUUAUACUCAGUAAUAAGAUAUAAUAUAUUAUGUUAUUGACAGUUAAGAUAUUAUAUAUGUAUAUUAUAUAUUAUGUUAUAGACAGUUAAGAUAUUAUAUAUGUAUAUUAUACAUUAUGCUAUAGACAGUUAAGAUAUAUAUAUAUAUAUUGUAUUAGUUUUCUUUAUUCAUAUAUACAGAGUUGUGAUAAUUUAGAUAUGAUGACGAUGGAGUAGCUGUUGACACUGCAUCAAAUGGCUUACAAUGUCUAUCCAUGAAUGGCAGUCCAAGGUGUGUGUCUUUCGCAGGAGAACCUUGACUCCUGAUUACAUUUGCUCUUAUUGUUGUAAGGGCUUCGUUUCACGCAUCUUCUGUCUGUAUUACUCCUUCAUACACUGCUGUUUGCCAUUUGGCACGGUGGUGCUCUGGGGUGAUCUCCCAUUCGUUGAUUUCUAUGUGGACUUCCAUCAUGCUCCUGUUUACAAAUGUCUUUAAAUCUCAUCUACGGCCAUCCAAAAAUUCUCACCCCUUCUGCCAACUCUCCAUACAGCAAUUCCUUUGGAAAACGGGUAACUAAGGAAGGCGCCUCUUAAGAUACUCAUAAACCCCUAGAACUAGAACAUUGACCUUUAGCAUUGUCAUGACUACAUAGACAAGUUUGACCUAUUAUCUCAAACUUUGGUUUUACUCUAUUGCCAAAAAAAUUGAAACAAUUUUUCUGGGACAUUUUUUUGUUGAGAACUUCAUUUGUACAACAGCAAUACAUGUACAGGAUAGACAAAGACAUGUACACAGGUUAGAUAGAUAAAGACAUGCAUGAAAUUAAUUAAUCAAUCAUUUCUUUAUUCAAAUUUCAGAGUACAAUUUUAAAAUAAAAGUAAUAAAUAUAUAUAUUUUUGGAAGCACAGAUAAACUUAAUGGAAGAAACAAAAAAAAAGUAAUUGAAAAAAAUGAAGCAUUAAAAAAGUGGAGAUAGUAAGAGCCAAAAAGUGGGGUUGUAUAUAGGAAACUGAAUUUGUGAUUGGAAGGAUGAGAGUCAGUUUUAUCAGCAGAUUAGGUUUCAAAGUAGGUGUGUACAGGGCAUUAAAUCAUUUUAAAUCAUUUUUUGUAACAAAAAACAGUAAAUACCUCUUCAUUAGAUCAUAUUUUUGUAAAUGACAAUAACUUAAUUUCAAUAAUUUUUUUUAGGGCAUUUGAUUGUUAAAUAAAUUUAUGUAAAAUCAAAAUUGUUUUUGUUUUUCUAAAAAUCUGAAAACCAAAAUUAAUUUUUGAAAAAGAAUUUGCACAAACAUUUUAAAAAAGGGAAGGAAAAACAACAAACCAACCCAGUCAAUUUCUCUAAUUUAAGCUUAAACUUAUAAGGAAACAGAUUGUUAAGAAUACCGUCAAGUGGGAUAUACUCACCACUGUCAUUGAGAAUACUGUCAAGUGGGAUAUUCUCAUGACUGUCAUUAAGAAUACUGUCAAGUGGGAUAUACUCACCACUGUCAUUAAGAAUACUGUCAAGUGGGAUAUACUCACGACUGUCAUUAAGAAUACUGUCAAGUGGGAUAUACUCACGACUGUCAUAAAGAAUACUGUCAAGUGGGAUAUUCUCAGGACUGUCAUGCAUGAAGGAACAAAAUAUAGGACAACCUUUAAAUCAAACAGACCAAAGCACAAUGAUACCCUAGAAACACUUCCAUCAACAAAGUUUAUAAUUUAUAUCAAAAGAUAAGAGCCACCCUGCU